AGGCUUCUUUGGCUCCACAGAUGAGGGACUGACAGCACACAAAGCGGCUGAUUCACAACAGUAAUGAAUUCAACUUCAUCCAAAAAAAAACUCAUUUGUGAAGCUCCAGCUGUGACUGAAGGACUUCUAAAGGACUCAUCCAGCUACCUGAACCCUGAACCCUCCUCCUCCUCCUCCUCCUCCUCUUCCUCCUCCUCCUCCUCCUCCUCCUCCUCCAGGUAGGGUGGAGCUGUUUCUACCUGUGGACACUGGAGAGUGAUUCAAACAUGGCGUUGUAGUCGGACUUUAGAGUGCUUUAAUCGACACAUAUUCACACAGGUAACGUUAUGAGCCAGCCGCCCCGUUCAAACCGGGGACACCGGGAGAGGAACGGAGACCACCGGGAGAGGAACGGAGACCACCGACACUACCGGGACUCUCCCCGGGAUGACAGACGGUCAUCACCGGACAGGUCUUCCUCCUCUCGACCCCCAUACUACCCCAGAGAAGCCGACUCCCCUCCCAAACAUGUGCGGGAAGUCCCUCGAGUGGAGCACCAGGGGUCCACUUGCACCAACAUUUGCUCCAGGAGAGGCAUCGUGCUGAUCUGCGCCAUACUGACCAACGCCCUGGUCCUGAUCUGCCUGAUUGCAGCUCACAUGGUGUCAUCAGGCUUGUCCUCCAUGGGCGGGCUGGGUGGCUUCGACAUCAACUCCAACUUCAACCUGCAGGGCACCGAGCUGAAGAAGGCACGAGAGCUGGACGCGCAGUACAGCCAGAUGAGGGCGCCGGGCCUCUACGGUGGCAUCCCCUUCAGCCUGAUCUUCGGGGUCCUCUCGCUGCUGUUUGUGGUCGCCGGGAAUAAACCGGCCCACCUGAUGUCCCGGAAGCUUCUGUACGGAGCGCUGGUGUUCCAGGCGGUGGGUUCAGUGGUGUACGUUGUGGCCGUGGGGCUUUACCUCCACUUUAUCAUCGGGGUCAACGCCACAGAUGUGUGUCAGCAGCGUGAGAGACUGUACGCCCGGAGCGGCUACACCUGGAUGAACUGUGACGUGGGCGGGGCGGACGCAGCCGUGGCUCUGUUUGGACUCAUCACGGCGAUCCUGUACAUAGCUGGCACAGUGCUCACCUUCCAGACGAUCCGGAGAGUGAGGGGCUACCUGCAGGAGCGAAAACGCAGAGAGGUGGAAAAACAGCAGGCCCGGGCCAACCCACAGAGAGGCCCGCUGAGGGCUGAGACCACCUCUGUGUGACGGGCCAGAGAAGAAUGGACAUCUGGGGGUCUGUAUCACAAAUAAAAUUAGUGGGUUACUAAUGUGACUGAGGGUUUCUGGUGUCAUGAAGCUGGCUCACUUUUAACCGGGAUUAGAUCACCAUGGAAACCUACUGUAUGCUGCACGGCUUCGGAGCGUCAGAUCGCCCACUGACCAAUCAGAUCACUGAAAAUAUGGAGUCAUCAUUCCAACUGGAUCCUGACGUGGAUAAAAGUACGGAGUUUACAACAAUGGGACAUGUAAUAGACAUUUUUCUAGGUUUUGCAUACCAAGAAGCCCCUGAAAGAUCAUGCUUUGAAUUUUUUUUCUUAACUACUUUUGUGUUCCCUCACUUUUAGUUUUGCGUUACUUUGCAAUAAUUUUUACACAAAAAAUUACAAAAAGGAAGCCUGAGUUAUGCAAGUAGCAUAGAGCAUGGACAUAUUAUAAUAAAUGAUGUAUUAGUUGCAGUUACGAGGCCACCCGCCUCCCAAAGAAACCAUCUUUGACGUGUACUUUGACUUUUUAGUUUGGCUCAUGUCCCAUCCACUAACAUGGAGGGGGCGGGGUUUAUGACCUAUACUGCAACCAGCCACCAGGGGGCGAUCGAGAUGUUUUGGCUUCACUUUUGGGGAGCUGUCAUGUCGUCCAUCUUUAUAUACAGUCUACGGCUGUGACACAUUAUUCUUUAAUGGGUCAAACUCUAGCUACAUGCAGGCGUUGUGUUUGUGCAGUGAAUUUGCAUGGUGCCGGCUGAGCUUUGUGUUGAAGCUAAUCUUGAGCUGCUGUGGUGUACAUAUUGGCAACACAUCUGUCAUAUAUCUCAUAGAAGCUCAGAGUUCAAAGCAUGCACGUCUGGCUUCACGAUGCUGUUCAUUAAUCAGGGGCUGUAAAAGCUAGCCACAGCAGACAGGUGUAGCCAGCUACAGCUGUGGUCACGGUGGCUGCAAACUGCCAGAGCUCGACCUUUCUCUGAGGAUCACGGAAAAAGUAGUUCCGGGAAGAAGAAAAAAAAUCCGACCGUGACCUUUCGGGGCCAACGUAGUAUAUCAUGAUAAUUAUGUCAAAGAUAGAAGAACAAUGUCUUGCACAACCAUGUGUCCAGGUAAACAGAAAGAUAGUUUACUAUUCUAAUGAAUGAUGCUAAUAGCUGCCUAUUGUACUGUAGUAAUUUUUCUGUCAUGCUUUUACACUCUUAUUCCAUCACUGCAGCUCAGGAUAACAUGAUUAUUUUCAGGACAAAAAUCCACAUGUACUUUAAAUUAUAAAUGCAACAUGUUUUUAAGUGUAUCACAUUCUAAUUGUGUGAUUUUUAAUGUGUUUAAUAUUUUAUCUGACAGCACAGCAGUUUUUGCUGCCAUUGCGUAUCACUGUUUCUUCCCACGUCACAUUAAAUACUCCACUCGUGGUUCUAAUGAUGUUGCAUGUCAUUGGCUCUUAAUUGUGUGUGAGCACGCUUGUGGCUGGAUCAGUAAACCGAACCAGUUAUUAAUCAGCUUCUCCAGCUUUAGUUAUUAUAUCCAGGAUUAUCUUUGUACGGCUCAGUGAAGCCAGGUAGCUCAAAAGAGAGCCAGACUUAAGUUUAACUUGCUUUGUGAUACAGGUUCAAUCUGGGAGGAAGUUAAUAUUCAAGUGAAUUGUUUGUAUGUUGGAUUAGUCUGUGUGAACUCAGGCGGGGAUUUAUAUAAAUGCUUUUAACGUGUAUAAUUAACGUGUUUUUAUAUCAAAGUUUUUGAUACUGAAACUGUACAAGAAUGUUUCUACUCUAAUUAAACCUCCAUCAAUGUGAUUAUA